CAGGUGGCACCGAGGAUGAUUUACCUUCACACACUGUUGCGCCUUCUAGGAUACUCAGGAUAAAAAAAUGGCAGGAGCUACUUCAGUUUUUACUCUUUGGUAAAAAAAAAAAAAUAUAUAUAUAUAUCUAUAUAUUCGGGGGGAUUUUAUUUCACCUCACUGAGCGCAGAAAUUAAAGUAAUUGUCAACUGAAAAGCGGCGAAGAAGUUGGACGUCGUUUACUGAGGGUAACUCAUCGACCUCAGACCAUGGCCUACACUCUGGGCUCGACCACCGAGGGCCAGACACGCAGCGUGGGGCCGCAGCACUGCGUCACUCGGGUGGAGCUGUCCGUUACCGCCACCAGCCUGCUGGACCGAGACGUAGCCUCCAAGUCUGACCCGUUCUGUGUUCUCUUCCACGAGGUGGAUGGAAACUGGGUGGAGCUCAGCCGCACUGAAACAGCUGUGAACAACUUGAAUCCGGUGUUUGGAGUGAAGUUUCAGGUGGACUACCACUUUGAGGAGAUCCAGAAGCUUCGCUUUGCCAUGUUCGAUGAGGACAAGUGUGCCACACAGCUCUACGAACACGACUUCCUGGGGGAAUUUAUUUGUACACUGGGAGUGAUUGUGUCCAAUAAAAAACUUCACAGACCGUUGAUCUUAGCCAAUGGGAAGCCAGCUGGCAAAGGAUCCAUUACGAUAACAGCUCAGGAGCUGUCUGACAACAGAAUCAUCAGUUUGACCCUGAGUGGGCGAAAGCUGGAUAAGAAGGACUUCUUUGGGAAGUCAGACCCCUACCUGGAGUUUCACAAACAGGGAGAAGACGGCAAAUGGAUGCUAGUGCACAGGACAGAGGUCAUAAAGAACACUUUAGAUCCAUCAUGGAAAUCCUUUACUGUGCCGCUCAUUUCUCUCUGCAAUGGAGAUGUGGACAGAAACAUUAAGGUCCUGUGUUACGACUAUGAUAAUGACGGAGGCCACGACUUCAUAGGAGAGUUUCAAACCACGGUUACCAAGAUGAGUGAAGCCCAGAACUCAGUGGAGGUGGAGUUUGACUGCAUCAACCCCAAGAAACAGAAGAAGAAGAAGAAUUAUAAGAACUCUGGCUUCAUCAUUGUCAAGUCGUGUAAGAUUACAAGAGACUACACUUUUCUGGAUUACAUAUUGGGAGGAUGCCAGCUCAUGUUUACAGUUGGUAUAGACUUCACAGCGUCCAAUGGGAACCCUCGAGAGCCGUCCUCCCUCCACUACAUCAACCCACUGGGCAGCAACGAGUAUCUCGCUGCCAUUUUAGCUGUGGGACAAAUCAUACAGGACUAUGAUACCGACAAAAUGUUUCCUGCUCUGGGAUUUGGAGCCCAACUCCCACCAGACUGGAAGGUGUCACAUGAAUUUGCCAUCAACUUUAACCCCACCAACCCGUUCUGUUCAGGUGUGGAGGGUAUCGCCCAGGCCUACUCUGCCUGUCUCCCUCACAUCCGAUUCUACGGCCCAACAAACUUUUCUCCAAUCAUCAGCCAUGUAGCACGUUUUGCUGCCCAGGCACUUCAACAAGAGAAAGCAGCGCAGUACUUCAAUCUCCUCAUUAUAACAGACGGCGUCAUCAGCGAUAUGGACGAGACGCGUGACGCCAUUGUUCAGGCGUCUAAGCUCCCCAUGUCCAUCAUCAUCAUCGGCGUAGGCAACGCAGACUUCGCUGCUAUGGAGUUCUUAGAUGGAGACGCCAGCGUUUUAAGGUCCAACUCAGGAGAGGAGGCCGUCCGGGACAUCGUGCAGUUUGUCCCUUUCAGAGAUUUCCGAAAUGCUCCCAAGGAGACCCUCGCCAAGUCCGUCCUGGCCGAGCUGCCUCAGCAGGUCACCCAGUACUUUAAACAGCGGAAUCUACCGCCCGCCAACUCAGCGCCCAAGUGAGACGCCCGGAAAGACGAGCCCACACCAUGUACAAUAGCUCUACGAAACCUCUCUUCUCGUUAACAGUAGAGAAUGAAAGCGUGUAUAUCAGCUGUGAACAAAAAUGAGUUGUGGACAAAAAAAAAACCUAACCUUGUAGACAUACCUGCCAUUAUAUUUGCAAAGUUGUUGCUGGUUAAAGAAUGUUUGGUCAG